UACAGUCCAAGGUGUGCCAGUAUAAAAGCUGUAUCUGUAUGUUGCUCCUUCACACUACUGGACAACAUGAGGACCCUGCUACUGACAACCGUGUUGCUGGUGCUACUCUGUAGCACUCAAGUGCUCACACUCAGGUGCUACACCUGUGAGGAGGCUGAUGCUGACUGCAAACAAGAGACAGAAUGUCCACCAUCGAGCAUGUACUGCAGAACUGUGGUGACUGUGGAGACAGUGACUCGUACCUGCGAGGAGAUAUGUGCCUCGGGUGUCAACGUCUACUGUUGCCAGGGAGACCUGUGUGAGAACUGACAUGAUCCACGGAGAGCCAUUGCCACUGAC